GGAGUUGAUGUGCUCUCGAUGUCCCUCGGCGGAAGUCCCAGUUUACCCGAGCGUCUUAAAAGCACUACGAUCGGUUCAUUCGCGGCGAUUAGGAAGGGGAUCAUUCCCAGCCUCUGCGCCAUGAAUUACGGGCCAUUCUCGAGCACCGUGGUGAAUGACUUCCCGUGGGCGCUGACGGUGGGCGCCAGCUCCCACGACCGGAGAAUAACAGCAACCGUGAGGCUCGGAAACGGAAUGGAAUUCGACGGCGAAUCCGCCUAUCAGCCCAGCGAAUUCAACUCCACGGUGCAGCUACCUCUCAUGUACCCUGGGGUCAACCAAACGCAGGUCACGCUGUCGUGCCAGAAGGGCUCCAUGGCCGGCUUCGACGUCCGAGGGAAGAUUGUGCUGUGCGGGACCGGACACACCGAAAACUAUGAGAAAGGCGAGGUCGUCAAGGCCGCCGGAGGGGCCGCCAUGAUCGUGAUGAACCAGCCGUGGGGAGGGUUCACGACGUUCGCCGACGCGAACGUCCUACCGGCGGCCCACGUCAACUACCUCGAUGCGCUCAAGAUCCUCAACUACUUCGGCACGUCGCCCAACCCAACGGCGACGAUCAUCUUCAAAGGCACGCAGUACGGCUACCGACCAUCCCCCUCGGUGGCCAGCUUCUCCGGAAGAGGCCCCAGUCUCAACAACGGCGGCAUCCUGAAGCCGGACGUCAUCGCGCCCGGAGUGAACAUCCUCGCAGCAUGGCCAUUCGAGGUCGGGCCGGAUCCCACCGGUAACAAAACUUCGACAUUCUUCUUCUCGAGCGGCACGUCGAUGGCCACUCCGCAUGUCUCCGGGAUUGCGGCGAUGCUCAAGAAGAACCACCCAGAUUGGAGUCCGGCCGCGAUCAAGUCAGCGAUCAUGACGACGGCGCAUGUAGUGGACCGUGAUGGGAAACCCAUCACCGAUGAGUCCACGGACCACAAGCCCGCCAGCCUCUUCGCCACGGGCGCCGGACAUGUGAACCCGUCGGCGGCCAAUGAUCCAGGCCUGGUUUAUGACCUCCAGCCGGAGGACUACAUCCCAUACAUCUGUGGGCUUGGAUUUAAGGAUCACGUGGUUCAAGCCAUCACUAGAGCUGCCGUCCGGUGUGCCACGGUUGGCAGCAUCACUCCAGAAGAACUGAACUACCCUUCGAUUGCCGUGUCCUUGAACUCCACCACGCCCGAGAGGAACAUCACACGGACGGUAACGAACGUCGGGGAGCCUGAUGAAGUAUACAAGGCGGAGAUCCAGGAACCCCAAGGGGUGAAGGUGAAUGUUUCUCCCAACAGGCUUCAGUUCUCGGGACCGGGUCAAAAACUUCGUUUCAGUGUUGAUUUCAGUAUCGCUGGCAAGUCCCAAAAGGGCAAAGUGUCCGAGGGACGGCUCUCAUGGGUUUCAGACAACCACACCGUUCGGAGCCCGAUUUCUGUAACCUUCUGAAG